GUGUGUUCGUGCGCGGUGUUUGGUCGCUCGGUGGCAUGCUGUGCCUUCUGCUCUUCGUUUGCCUGUUUUGCACCUUGAGAAGUGCUGGUGCUUAGCUUUGCUAAAGCUACCGUAAUCCAGUAAUGACAGUUAUUCCCCAUGAGUUCCAAACAUGAACAGCAAACAGCAAAGUGCUUUGAAAAUCAGUGUGCCAUCUUCCUUUGGAACCAGUCUCUGAUUGUCAGAACUGCACGAUUCAUUCCUGCAGUGGGAAAGAUCCCAGGGAGCUCUCUUACAAGGAGUUUGUGCCAGGAGGUGAAUUCCCAGGAAACAUGCAGUAAGAUCCACCCAGCCCGAUCUCUUUGUGGACAGAGGAAUCUCAGCAGCACCAACCGCUGCAAUCCUGUGAUUUAAAGACGCGUUACUACAAACCGGGUGACCAUUCGACACGCCUUCGCCUUCAGACAGAUCGGUGCUUCAGCUUUGUCCAGCUGGACCUUCCCUGAUUGCAGACUCACAGAACCUGACGCUGCUCGCCCAGCCUCAGCCGAACACUCAUUAACUCGGGUUCACCUUUAAGCAGCCGCUGCGGUGCAGAGCUCCGUUCCGGGGGAAGGCCGGGCUUAAGGCCGCCGCUUCCCUGCCCGGCGGGGUUCGACAUGGCCGCCCCCUGCUUCUUGGGAUGGGAUUUCAGCACGCAGCAGCUGAAAGUCAUUGCUAUUGAUGAACAUCUGAGAGUCAUUUAUGAGGAUAAUGUUAAUUUUGAUAAAGACCUUCCAGAAUUUAGGACUCAAGGUGGAGCCCACGUUCACAGUGACCGACUGACAGUCACUUCUCCUGUGCUAAUGUGGGUCAAGGCUCUGGAUGUGAUUUUGGAAAAGAUGAAGUCUUCAGGAUUUAACUUCUCUCAAGUCAGAGCUUUGUCUGGUGCUGGCCAGCAACACGGAAGUGUAUAUUGGAAGAAAGGAAGCAUCCAAAUCUUAAAGAAUGCAUCACCCGAGCUGCCUUUACAUCAGUCACUGAAGGCUUGUUUUGCUGUCAGUAACAGCCCCAUCUGGAUGGAUUCUAGCACAGCUUCGCAGUGCAGCGCUCUGGAGAAUGCUGUGGGAGGAGCACAGCACUUAGCAAAUAUCACUGGUUCUCGAGCCUAUGAGCGUUUUACAGGAAACCAGAUAGCAAAGAUUUACAACCAGAAUCCUGAGGUCUACGCGCAAACUGAGAGGAUCUCUUUAGUUAGCAGUUUUGCAGCUUCCCUUUUCCUAGGAGCUUAUGCACCCAUUGAUUACAGUGAUGGUUCUGGUAUGAAUCUGCUGCAAAUUUGGGAAAAGGUGUGGUCGGCAUCCUGCCUUGAUGCUUGUGCACCAGGGUUAGUGGAGAAACUGGGAAACCCUGUGCCAUCCCAUUCAGUUCUGGGAUCCAUUUCUCCAUAUUAUGUUCAGCGUUAUGAGUUUAGCCCAGACUGUAAAAUAGUAGCCUUUACAGGAGACAAUCCAGCAUCAUUGGCAGGGAUGAGGCUUCAAGAAGGAGAUAUUGCAAUUAGCCUUGGCACAAGUGACACAUUGUUUCUGUGGAUCCAGGAGCCAACUCCAGCCUUAGAAGGUCAUAUCCUCUGCAAUCCUGUUGAUUCUCAAACAUACAUGGCACUUUUAUGUUUUAAGAACGGCUCUCUGAUGAGAGAGAGGAUCCGAAACGAGUGUGCUUCAGGCUCCUGGGAUGAAUUCUCCAAAGCCUUAUCAUCUACUGCUGCUGGAAACAACGGGAACUUGGGCUUCUACUUCGACGUGAUGGAAAUCACUCCUGAAGCAGUUGGGAUUCACAGAUUCAACAGCAACAACCAAAAGGUUUUGAACUUUCCAAAGGAGGUGGAAAUACGAGCCUUGAUUGAAGGGCAGUUCAUGGCCAAGAGGAUUCAUGCUGAAAAGCUGGGGUAUAAAGUCAUGCCCAAAACAAGGAUUUUGGCUACAGGUGGAGCUUCCCAUAAUAAAAAAAUACUGCAGGUCCUGUCUGAUGUGUUCAAUGCUCCAGUGUACACUAUUGAUACCGCCAACUCUGCCUGUUUAGGAAGUGCUUACAGAGCGAUUCAUGGACUUGUAGCUGAGACAAAUGUGCCCUUGGCUGAUGUUGUGAAAUUAGCACCAGAGCCCAGAUUGGCUGUUACACCAACUGCUGGCACUGAGAAGCUCUAUCGUCCACUCUUGAAAAGAUAUGCGGAGCUUGAACAGAAGGUGAUCUACAACCCAACCUCCUCUUGUCACACAAAAUAACAAGCAAACAAAAUUUAUGAGUUGGCUGCAGAGUGGACUCCCAAAGAGAUCAGAAGAGAUUUGCUCAGAAUUUAGUGGAGUUCUUUAAAUCACUUUGUUCCUCUUUGUAGACAAAUCAUUGUUAAAUGGCUGAGUUUCAGUAUGUUGAUGGAAAAAGUUGCACUGUGAUUGAAAACCUAAUUAAAAAAAAAAUCAUUGUUC